GUGCUAUGUCGGACACUUACUUCAGUUCCGCUGGAGACUGUGUUGACAGUAUCAUUUUUAAGAUCCCAAGUGCUCAGAUGAGCUCAGCUGAUGUCGCUGAAGAACUAGUUCGCCGAUUACAAGCUGACGGUCCUAACGAGGCGACUGGUUGCCAUACAGUGGGGUUGUUGAAUAAGAUCCUGGUCGCGGGCGGUCCCUAUCUUAGUGAUAAUCUAGCGGGCUUUGUGGCUAGGGUAAGCGAUACUAGAAGGGAUAUAUAG